AUCUGCUUCAAUAUAAUAAUAAUACCCUAAAUUAGCAGUCGGUAUAGAUUUUCAGUCUCUCACUGUCCUACUAUAUUUUAUCUUACUGAGAAGCAUAUCAAACUCACUACUAAAUCUUGCUCUUCUCUGCUGCCCGAAUUGCAGACGGAAAUGGGAGGUGGUGAAGUGGAUCGCUCAACUUCAAAUCUUUGGUUAGCUCAUAACCCGAGCAAAAGAUGGGCUGAACUCUUCUUUCUCAUCUACACACCUUUUUGGCUCACACUCUGCCUUGGAAUUGUCGUCCCCUACAAACUCUACGAGAAUUUUACAGAGUGGGAGUACCUCUUACUUGGACUUGUUUCAGCUUUGCCUGCUUUUAUAAUUCCAAUGGUUUUUGUUGGAAAGGCAGAUAGGAGCUUGUGUUGGAACGAUCGUUAUUGGGUGAAAGCUAGUCUCUGGAUCAUUCUCUUUAGUUACGUUGGAAAUUACUUCUGGACCCACUAUUUUUUCACGGUAUUGGGUGCCUCAUAUACAUUCCCAUCGUGGAGGAUGAAUAACGUACCACAUACAACUUUCCUUCUCACGCAUGUCUGCUUCUUGUUUUACCACGUUUCUUCUAAUAUGACACUUCGCAGAAUCCAGCAUUCUGUCGCUCACUUGCCAGAAACAACACAGUGGCUGUUUAAAGCUUCCUGGAUUUUAAUUCUUUCAUAUUUCGUAGCAUAUCUGGAGACUGUAGCCAUUUCCAAUUUUCCCUAUUAUGAAUUUGUCGAUCGAGCUGUCAUGUACAAAGUUGGCUGCCUGUUUUAUGCAAUUUAUUUCUUUGUUAGUUUCCCAAUGUUUUUCAGGAUCGAUGAGGAACCAAGUGAUGCUUGGGACUUGCCAAGAGUGGCUGUUGAUGCUUUAGGUGCUGCAAUGCUAGUCACCAUCAUUCUCGACUUAUGGCGGAUCUUCCUCGGACCAAUUGUGCCUAUUCCAGAAUCAAAACAAUGCCAUCAACCAGGGCUUCCGUGGUUCCCCCCAAGCGCUUAAUUCACAAGAUGUGGCGUCUUGGGCCUCCCUUAGGUUGUCGAAAUGGGUUGUGAGGACAUCGUGUCUUCAACGAGGGAGAACCUCGUUGAAAUGCAAAUGUCAAGUAGUUGCUAGCGAAAUCUAUGGUGGUGUUGUACUCCCUACUACCAACCAUGGAUCCCAAUCAGGGUUUUGUCAUCAAUCAACACUUAAUAAUAGUACUACUAGAUUUAACAUUAUAGUAGGGGCAUGAGUGUGACAUUGAGUUUAAAUAGUACUCCAGCACAAACAUGUGUAUACAGAUGUAGGGACAAAUUGAUCAUGUGACCACUUCACUAUAUGAAAACAUCAAUUUCUUCGACCUGUUAA